GUUUUGGCCAUGACAGAGGCGACAGGGCCGGUGGCCAAGCGCAUCCUGGUGACGGGUGGCACUGGCUUGGUGGGGAAAGCCAUCGAGAAGGUGGUGGCGGAUGGAGAGGGGCGACCGGAUGAGACUUGGAUCUUUGUGUCCUCCAGAGAUGCCGACUUGACGAGCGCUGCGGAGACCAAAGCCCUGUUUGAGCAGCACAAGCCCAGCCACGUCAUCCACCUGGCUGCCAUGGUUGGGGGCCUCUUCAAAAACAUCCGCUACAACCUCGAUUUUUGGAGGAGGAACGUCCACAUCAAUGACAAUGUCCUGCACUCGGCGUACGAGACGGGGGUACAGAAGGUGGUGUCCUGCCUUUCCACCUGCAUCUUCCCGGAUAAGACGACGUACCCCAUUGAUGAAAGCAUGAUUCACAACGGGCCACCUCACAACUCCAACUUCGGCUACUCCUACGCCAAGAGGAUGAUCGACGUCCAAAAUAGGGGCUACUGUUUUCCCUGCCCCUCCACCGCCGUCAUCCCCACCAACGUCUUUGGGCCUUACGAUAACUUCAACAUCGAGGAUGGCCACGUCCUUCCAGGGCUCAUCCACAAGGUCUACUUGGCCAAACAGACUGGCUCAGCUCUGACUGUCUGGGGCACGGGCAAGCCCAGAAGACAGUUUAUCUACUCCCUGGACCUGGCCAGGCUCUUCCUUUGGGUCCUGCGGGAAUAUGAUGAGGUGGAACCCAUCAUUCUGUCUGUGGGAGAAGAAGAUGAAGUCUCUAUCAAGGAGGCAGCAGAGGCGAUCGUGGAGGCCAUGGACUUCAGGGGAGAACUUGUUUUUGACACCACCAAAGCAGACGGACAGUUCAAGAAGACAGCCAGCAACGCCAAGCUACGGCGUUACCUGCCCAGCUUCCAGUUCACUCCCUUCAGGCAAGCUGUGAAGGAGACCUGUGCCUGGUUCAGCGCCAACUACGCCAACGCCAGGAAGUGA